AAACGGCAUUAAAUACAAUUUCACAACAAAUAUGAAUCAUUUACCUGCUAGUUUCUCCACAGCUUCAGUUCUAUUACAUCUGUCUCACCGUCGGCAUACGCGUGCUAUGGCUUCAUCCGAUUGUCAGCUACACAUUAACAGCCUGCCAGAUGGCAUUCUGCAGGAAGUCUUCCGCUAUCUUUCCCUGACCGAUCGCAAAACGGCCGCGUUGGUGUGCUCUCUUUGGGAGCAGGAAGCUUUCUCCGCGGGGCUGCUAGCCAAUGUCCGACUUUGCAUGACCAGCACAUGUGGGGAAGCAUUUCUGGAAGUGCUGCGGAAUAGUUGGCGACCGUAUCGGAACGUCGUGGUGUGUGAUAUGCGUUUAUGCGGUACUGUCUUGUGCGAAUUCGUCAUGGCCCUUUUGGAUAUAUUCGGAACGACGAUAGAAGAAUUUAUAAUGAAAAACGCAUGUACGGCAGCGCAAGUUAAGGGUUUUGCAGAAAGAAUGCCGAAUUUGAGAAAAAUGGUGAUCUUUGUGAGGGAAUCGGAAAAGCUAUCAGUUGAGUCGUUGGAGUUCCCGGUAUUGAGAAGGUUGCAUGAAGUGGGUGUGUGGAUAAAAAGAGAUCAUGGAGUGAAAAGUUGCCAGUUGGAUAUGCUACGUAUGGCCCCCAAUGUGCAGCAGUUGAGAAUGCAAUACAGAUUCCACGAUGAAAAAAUGUUUGAUCUAUUGGAACGUUGUGCAAAUCAACUACGCUCGUUGCAUCUGUUCGCCUAUUGUUAUCCGUUUCCAAUACAUACGCUGCGGUUCGAGAAUUUGUUAGUUUUGAAGCUUCAAGGUGUACCACAAUUACGCAAUUUCCAUAGACUGAGUCAUAUGUUGCGAGGAAUGCGUAAAUUGAAAGCAAUCCACUUGGAUUAUCGAAUUAGUACAACUACGCUGGCAGUCGUAUGCAAUAGCUGUCCCAAGCUGGAAACACUUGACAUAAGAGCCGAUGGUUUGGAGGCCAGUUCAUUUGACUACUUGAGCGAUACACCACAUCUUCAGGUGUUUAUGGUGCAGUAUCUCCACAUUGGAUUAUUGGAACAGGCUAAACCAAUCAAUGGCAUCAAAAAUCUGCAUAUUUAUGUGGAACAUAAAGCUUGGAGAAACGAAGCGUUCGUGGACAACCUAUCCAAAGUAUUCCCAAAUGUUUGUAAAAUGAAGUAUAUCCACCGACAAGAUACCGUAUAUAAAGAUCACAUUGGUUCUCUGAUAAUGCAUCGCAUUUGCAGCAAAUUCACUCACUUGACUAAACUUACUAUUAGUGCAGAGCGGUGCCAGAAUGACUUCGUUCUAUCCAUCGAACCCAGUGGUCUCGGAAACGUGGAGGAAUUGCAUUGUGUCCAAACAUCGGAAUUUCGUGAACCAACUAUGGAAAACAGUGUCAAGCGAUUGAUAAUCCAUAAUGUGGAUCCGACCAAACUAUUGUUUUCCAAUAUGACACGAUCGUUCCCCAAGCUAAAGUAUCUAGAAAUCAGAAGCUGUGCAGCGACUUCCUCGGAAUUCAUAGCGGAGAUCCGUCGGAACUUCCCGCAAUGCAUCGUUCAUUGCGAGUUCAUGACGAAGCUGAAGUGGAAAUAUAAAUAAUAGGAAAUUGUGCUCGGUGUUAUCAAUUGAAAAUUGUUCUUGUUUUCCGAAAAAAUAACAUGUGGGCGGUCACACUCGACGGAUCAGCUCGUAGGUUUGUACCUUUCAGUAAGAUGGGGAUAAUCCACAGACAAACAGGCGUUUCACUCUACCCACUUCUCAUCGUUACCCUUUUUAACGAUCUAUUCAAAUAUUGUGUAGGGUAAUUCGCCAAUUGUUGAACACUACCCAAAUGUUGAACAGUUUUUGAAAAUGUUAUUAUAAAUUUAAUUUAAGUAGUUUUCCAUCAACGUAAACGUGUGAUCUAGAUGCGUAUACAUUUGUGUCA